AUGAACCAGGAGGCAUUGAAGAAACCUCUGGUGGACUAUCUGGCCGCAUACCAUCAUCACUACCUCUGCAUGAACCUCUCCAGCACCUUCCCAAUCCUCUUCCCAAAUAUCCAGCGACAGCCCCUCCCAGUCAAUGCAACCGCCCCUCUAGCACAGGCCAACACUACCAUCACCAUGUUCACUCGUAACGAAAUCGAGCGAACUUUGUUGUUACACCACCCUGAUCGCAUCAAGACCAUCUCCCUCCCUAUCCAACGUCUUGCCGCAUUUGAAUCCGUAGGCCCCCACCUCUCCUCCCUCAUGCGAUUCGAACUCUUUGGCGUCAGCUGGCAUUUCAAUCUCGACCCAGCGAUAGCCUUUCUUCAGCAACAUGCGCGACUCUUUGGAACCAUUCGAGAACUCAAACUGGCAGGACCUAAUGACGUCCGGUUGUUGCAGAAGCCCAAUCUGCACAGCAUCAUGAAAGUGAUCAAAAACCCCAAAGUCAUUGAUCUGUCGAGGUACAAGGAGGCCACCAAGGACUUGAACUCGUAUGAGAUCCAGAAUCGGGACAGCUUGGAGCAAUUGCUCUUUGACCUUGAUUAUGUCCCUCCAACCUUGCCGCCUUCUUCACCACCAUCUCCCGUGGUUUCCGCUCUGGCGGUGUCGUUCUUGGGUGACCCCGGCCAGGUCCGUGAACAAGACUACUCGUUGGAUCUCGUCCGUACCUGCCCUCGACUGAAAACUUUACAGAUCGGGGUCCAAUCACCCACCGCAUUCCAUUGGGCAGUCUCCAGAUACGACGCCGACCCCUUGACGAUGCAGCACCUCAACACCCUUCAUCUCUCCUCAAACAAGACCUCGACUGUCAAACAAGCCCUGGAGGACUGUGUUUACGCAUUCCGAGACACACUCGAGGACUUGAAAGGUGUCGCUCUCCGACUCUCACCAGUCGACCCAGCUCUCUCGGAGAUUCCACCCUUCUUUGGUUGGACAUGGCCCCUGCACCAAUUGACCGUUUUAAGUCUUCGAGGCGAAUUGGCAGGCUGGUUCGACAUGAACUCUCUCAAAUACUGUCCCAAACUGACAGAGUUCCACUUGACACUCUACCCUUACUCACCCGUCAAGGUCGAUUACCUCGAGAGCGUUGUUCUCGCUCCACACCUCAAAGUACUGUCACUAGUUGGAAGGUGGAUCCUGAACGACCGUCUAUUGAGCGUCCUCGGCGAUGGGUUGCCCAAACUGAAAACAUUGACGGCCGAUGGAUGCGAACAUGACGAAUUGACAGGCGAAGGACUGUUCCAAGGACUGGACAAGAUGAGCGCCCUCAGAACUGUCGAAGUGGAGCUGGGGCAACGAGUUGAGGUCUUGAUGAGAGAGUAUCGUGUUGGUCGUGCUCGACCGGAUCUCUCUAUUCGCAUGCGCUCUGACGAUGCUCCUUGGUUUGAAGGCGAAGUCCGUCUCAUGCCCGCCUUCCGCCCCUAG